CCUCUCGAUUCGCGAGCAAACCCUAAUCGAUCUCCUCGCCGCCGCCCCGUCGACGGAUCUCGAGCCCUAGCCCUCUCGGCGACGCCGGCAAGAUGCAGAUCUUCGUGAAGACGUUGACGGGGAAGACGAUCACCCUCGAGGUGGAGUCGUCGGACACGAUCGACAACGUGAAGGCGAAAAUCCAGGACAAGGAGGGCAUCCCGCCGGACCAGCAGAGGCUCAUCUUCGCCGGGAAGCAGCUCGAGGAUGGGCGCACCCUCGCCGACUACAACAUCCAGAAGGAGUCCACUCUGCACCUGGUGCUCCGCCUCCGCGGCGGCGCCAAGAAGCGCAAGAAGAAGACCUACACCAAGCCCAAGAAAAUUAAGCACAAGAAGAAGAAGGUCAAGCUCGCCGUCCUCCAGUACUACAAGGUCGACGACGGAACUGGUAAGGUCACCCGUCUCCGUAAGGAGUGCCCCAACGCCGAGUGCGGCGCCGGCACCUUCAUGGCUAAUCACUUCGAUCGCCACUACUGUGGCAAAUGCGGCCUGACGUACGUCUACAAUAAGGCCGGGGCUGAGUGAUGAACACCAUCGUAUUGUUUUCUAGUUUGAUAAAAGUCUGCGAUUUACUAAGAUACUGUUGUCUUUAAUGAUCAUGUUUUAUCGAUGCAGUUUUGGUUUAAAAAAAUUGCUCUUUAUUUAGUAUCGAACGGUAGUCUUGUUUAAGUUUCAAGAAUGAUUGAGAUAACGCUCUAUUCGAACUGUUAAUUCAAUUUGGUGAUUCUCCA